CUAGCUGAGAUAUAAAUGAGACAAAGAAACCCUGCGAAGAGUCUGAGUGGGAAAAGAGUUGAAAGUGGCGGAGGGGGACAGCGGCGACUGUGGCACACAGCUCCACACCUCACUCAACGCGCACGGAAGUAUGAAAGUGAAAGACUGGACCAUGAAGACGGGACCAUGAAAUAUCCUGUUAAAUACUAGCCAUACAGCACCUUGUAAAUACUACAACUUCUGAGAGUGCUCCGAAAGAAGAGAGUGCUACCUCCAAAGUGGUGAUGUCACGGGUUCCUACCCCCCCUCCUCCUGGGGAGAUGUCAAGUGGACCUGUGGCAGAGAGCUGGUGUUACACACAGGUCAAGGUUGUGAAGUUUUCAUACAUGUGGACCAUAAACAACUUUAGCUUUUGCAGAGAAGAAAUGGGGGAGGUGUUGAAGAGUUCCACCUUCUCAUCCGGGCCUAACGACAAGAUGAAGUGGUGUCUGCGAGUCAAUCCAAAGGGACUGGAUGACGAAAGCAAAGAUUAUCUGUCAUUGUAUUUACUUCUUGUUAGUUGUCCAAAAAGUGAAGUCAGAGCGAAAUUCAAGUUUUCUUUGUUAAAUGCUAAACGAGAGGAAACAAAAGCAAUGGAAAGCCAAAGAGCCUACAGGUUUGUCCAAGGCAAAGACUGGGGCUUCAAAAAGUUCAUUAGGAGAGAUUUUCUCCUCGAUGAGGCGAAUGGACUUCUUCCUGAUGACAAACUUACUCUCUUUUGUGAGGUAAGUGUUGUCCAGGACUCUGUGAACAUUUCUGGCCAGUCCAACAUGAACAUGCUAAAGGUACCAGAGUGUCAGCUGUCUGAUGACCUGGGGAACCUCUGGGAGUGUUCACGCUUCACAGACUGCAGCCUGUAUGUGGGAGGGCAGGAGUUCAAAGCCCACAAAUCCAUCCUGGCAGCAAGGUCACCAGUCUUCAAUGCCAUGUUUGAGCAUGAAAUGGAAGAAAGUAAAAAGAAUCGUGUAGAUAUAAGUGACGUGGACCCAGACGUCUUCAAGGAAAUGAUGGGCUUCAUAUACACAGGGAAGGCCCCGAACCUGGAGAAGAUGGCAGACAACCUUCUAGCAGCUGCAGACAAAUACGCUCUGGAACGUUUAAAAGUCAUGUGUGAAGAGGCCUUGUGCAACAGCCUCUCAGUGGAGAAUGUGGCAGACACCCUCAUCCUAGCAGACUUGCACAGCGCCGAGCAGCUCAAAGCACAAGCCAUAGAUUUUAUCAACAGGUGCAGUGUCCUCAGACAGCUGGGCUGUAAAGAUGGAAAGAACUGGAAUAGCAACCACGCUACAGACAUCAUGGAGACCGCGGGCUGGAAGUCGAUGAUCCAGUCGCACCCUCACUUGGUCGCCGAGGCGUUCCGCGCCCUGGCGUCGGCCCAGUGCCCGCCCUUCGGUCCUCCAAGGAAGCGCCUAAAACAGUCGUGACGCCGCGGGAGUCCGUGUUUGUGCAAAGGAAGGACUAGUGAGGAUGCCACUCUUUUAUUUCCACCAAAACUGAACACACUUGAAGACGGAAGAGUGGGCUUUCCUCACCGGGGACGUGGGAAGGCCGGCACAAUGGACUUCGGGGGACAACACAAACAAACCGACCGUCUUGCUUUGCUGCCCCGACUGUCUGCUGUUCAGGGUGGGUAGCUACUGUUAUUUCCUGUCAUUCUUCAAAGAAAAUGGCCUUAAUAUAUCUGCCAUUGCUCUGGAAUCGCUCCGGAGUGGUUUUGUCUAUUUUACUCUGUGCCUGCCUUGUCACAAAGACCAGGCCUCCUCCAGGUUGCACUAGUUCCCGUCAUAGCGGAGUUCCAUAGGAACGUAACAGAGGUUGAACUAAAUGGGAAAUAUUAUAUAUUUGUAAUGUUUAGCCCGUUUUGUGACCAGAUGUUAAAGAGCAUGAGCACUUUCAGUGCAAGGUCAGUUCUUAACACUUUUUAAAAAGAUGCGUAUGCCCCAUAUUGAUGGCACCAUUUCUAUGUAAAUGACAGCUGACCAGUGGACGAGGACGCCGUGUAGCGUCCGUGCGGGGACAAAUAGUACGUCACAAUUAAGGAAAUGUCAAUUCUGGUCCUUGGACCUAAGAGGCCCGGCUCACAUCUUUAAGACAUUCGAAUCAAGUCAGCACACCAUCAAGAGUUUCAAUUCAAGACCUUUAAUAUUGCCAAGCUGCAAAUAUAUAUCCUCAUCAUAUUGUGGAACGACUAAUGCAUGGUCAUGUUAUUGUCACAGAAAGUGUCCAAACGGCGACCCUUUUUUUUUUUUUUCCUACUUAAAGUACUCGCUGACGUUGGUGCCGAAUGGAAAAGAGUCGCUGUACAAAAACAAAAAGGAGGUCUAACGUGCUCGGGAACUUUGUAGGAUGCUGAGCAUCACUUCUGCCGGCAACGUCAUUCUUUGUUCUGAAUGAGUCCCGUUUAUUCCGUGCGUCUUGUAUGUAGCGUGACGUAAGGAAAAUUUGUAAAAUAGAAGGGGGGGGUGGGCGGGUUCCUUCAGUGUCGUCGACAUGUUGAAAUGUUCGGAAGUUGUCUGCAGGAAUGGUUGUGUAAAGCAAUUAAAACAUUUUCCAGCACUCUA